AGACCAAAAGCAAAAAAAGAGUACCAUGGCCGCUCUACAUCAAAAGCUAAGUUUUUAUAAGAAAAAAGUUUUGUGGAAGAAGAUUGCUUCAUUUCACUAAGAAAAACAUGGGAGGCGCCGUCAAUUGUCCUUCAGUCAUGAAUAUACUCUUUGGGUACGUAAUUCUUACAGUCUUCUUGGUGCUGGUUUGCAUGGAACCAAACCAAGUUGAAGCCCGAGUAGAGCCACCCUAUCCUCCAGAUUAUGAACUAAAAGCUCUUCAUGAGAUAGCGGCAGAACUUGGAAAGAAGGAUUGGAAUUUCAGUGAGAAUCCUUGCAACAAUAAGUCAAGCUGGUUUACUCCACCGCCGACACAUGGGUCUCAGGCUAUCAACAACAGUACUGUUACCUGCAAUUGCUCCUUCACCAACGGUGAAUGUCAUAUUGUAGUCAUCUAUCUUGUAGGGCAGGAUCUUGAUGGUGUUCUUCCACCCUCACUUUCGAAGCUAUUAUAUAUUAAAACAGUAGUACUCCAUAGGAACUAUCUUAAGGGUAUAAUACCCCAUGAAUGGGCUGCUCUGAAGUUGGAGACAUUGUCUGUUGCUAUGAACCACAUAACGGGGCCAAUUCCAGGCUAUUUAGGAAACAUAACGACUCUAAAAUAUCUGAGCCUCGAAAACAACCAGUUUUCUGGAACUAUUCCUCCUGAGUUUGGGAGAUUGGUUAAACUGGAAAAUCUUAUUCUUAAUGCUAACUAUCUCACUGGAAAGUUCCCCUCGUCCCUUGCUAAUCUGUCCAAUCUAAAAGAACUAAGGAUUAGCAGUAACAAUUUCACUGGAAAGAUACCCAACAUUUUUCGAAGUUGGAAGCAACUUGAGAAAUUAGAGAUUCAAGCUAGUGGUUUUGAAGGGCCAAUUCCUUCAAGCUUAGCACUCUUGCAUAACUUAGUGGAACUAAGGAUCAGUGACUUACCUGGAGAGGGUUCAAAGUUUCCGAACUUAAAAAAUAUGAAAAACAUGUACAGAUUGAUGUUGCGUAGCUGCAACGUAUCUGGAACAAUACCUGAUUACAUAUGGGAAUUUCCACAACUGCAAAUUUUAGAUCUUAGCUUCAACAAAUUGGAAGGUAACAUUUCAGAUUCUGAAAGCCCUACAGAAACACAAUACAUGUACCUGACAAGAAACUCUCUUGCUGGCCACAUUCCAGAAUGGAUGAGUAUUAGAGAUAGCCGCUACCAGAUAGAUCUUUCUUAUAACAAUUUUUCUGAAAGCCAUCAGUCGCUUUCUUGUCGGGAAAAUCUAAAUUUGUUCCAAAGCUUUUCAGGAGGCAAAAACUUAGGACCAGAUAACUGCCUGAAGAACUUGCCUUGUUCGAAAGAUUGGUAUUCAGUAAAUAUAAAUUGUGGUGGAGGAGCAACAACUAUUAAUGGAGUCGACUAUGAGGCGGAUGAAGACUUAGGAGGUCCAGCAAAAUAUUUUCCCCUCGGAGAGACUUGGGAAACUAGUAGCACGGGGCUUUUCUGGGAUAUUGAUGUUAGUUCAAGGGACUUUAUAGCACAAAACGUUUCCAUUCUCAGAAUAAAGAACUCCGAAUUAUACACAAGAGCACGCCUCUCUCCUCUUUCUCUGACAUAUUACUUCCGUUGCUUAGCAAAUGGAAAUUAUACGGUUACACUUCACUUUGCGGAGAUAGUUAUCAGAGACAAUAGAUCCUAUCAAAGUCUUGGAAGGAGGAUAUUUGAUGUUUAUGUUCAGGAGAAACUUGAAUUGGAAGAUUUCAAUAUUAAAAAUGAGGCAAAGGGGGUCGAUAAAGCAGUCAUAAGGAAAUUUAAAACCGUUGUGAGGAACAAAACUUUGACAAUACGCUUUCACUGGGCUGGGAAGGGGACUACUGCAAUCCCAAGAAGAGGAACAUAUGGUCCCUUGAUAUCAGCUAUCUCAGUAGACUCUGAUCACAAGCCUCGAGUUCUCAAUGCAUGGGAAAAGAAUUUGAAGUUUGUAGUGGGAGCUGUUGUUUCUGUUCUGUGCCUGAUUUUGGUAAUCUUAGGUAUUCUAUGGUGGAAAGGCUAUUUUCGACCCAAGCCAUCAAGGGAACGAGUCUUGAGGGGGUUAGAUCUGCAGACUGGCUUUUUUACCUUUAUACAAAUGAAAGCUGCUACGAACAACUUUGACUCUGCAAAUAAAAUUGGAGAAGGUGGUUUUGGAGCUGUCUACAAGGGUGUAUUGCUUGAUGGCACCAUAAUUGCGAUUAAAAAACUUUCUUCAAAAUCAAGACAAGGAGACCGAGAAUUUCUGAAUGAACUAGGCAUGAUUUCAGGAUUACAACACCCGAAUGUUGUUAGAUUGUAUGGAUGUUGCGUUGAGGGAACUCAGCUGUUAUUGGUAUAUGAAUACAUGGAAAAUAAUAGCCUUGCACAUGCUUUAUUCGGUCCUCAAGAAAGCCAGCUGAUAUUGGACUGGCCUACUAGGCAGAAAAUUUGUCUUGACAUAGCAAAAGGUCUAGCUUUCCUGCACGAAGAAUCGAGUUUAACAAUUGUACAUCGAGACAUCAAAACUACCAAUGUGCUACUUGAUAGCAAUCUCAAUGCUAAGAUCUCCGACUUCGGUUUGGCCAAGUUUGAUGAAGGGGAAAACACCCAUAUUAGCACCAGAAUUGCUGGAACUAUAGGAUACAUGGCCCCAGAAUAUGCAUUAUGGGGCUAUCUGACCUACAAGGCAGAUGUUUAUAGUUUCGGGAUUGUUGCAUUAGAGAUUGUUGCCGGGAAGAACAAUACAAAAUAUCGACCAGAAGGCGAUUAUGUAUGCCUUCAAGAUCGGGCUCUAGUUUUGCAACAAAAGGGAAACUUAAUGGAGUUGGUGGAUCCAAGGUUGGGGACGGAGUUCAAUGAAGAAGAGGCAAUUAGGAUGGCAAAGGUUGCUUUAUUGUGCACUAAUUCAUCCCCAGCACUUAGACCAACCAUGUCUGAAGUAGUAAACAUGCUUGAAGGUCGAGCCCUUGUUCCUAAAUUAAUCAUGGACCCAAGUAUCUUUGCUGAUGAGUCGAGAUUUGGAGCACUAAAAGACCAAUUUAACCAAAUGCAGUCUCGGAAGAGUAGUGAAAUCACCACGAUUACUCAAUCAUCAAUAUAUUCAAGUUCAACAGCAUGGUCUGGUUCCUCCUCAACGUCUGUUCAACAUCCAUGAAAUUCAAAGCAAAGUUGAUUGAUAUUAUUGUAAUGUAAAAAUAUAGAAAUUGUUUAGGCCACCUGGUUGAUCACACCCUAGUAAAGUCAACAGUACAAUCACCGAUUACUAUUCAAAUACUCUUAAGACCUCAAAUGAUUACUACGGUCUUGAUGUUGUACACUUUUGUGUGCAUACUUCCAAAAUUCGCUUGCACUAGAAACCCUCUCUUCUGUCAUCUGUGUAAAAACUCCUCUCUCGAAGGGUUAAAUGAUUUUCAAAUGAUAGUCCCUGUAAAUAAACAAUUUACGAUCAAUUAGUCAACUUGUGACAGAUUA